GCUGGCCCUGGUGGCUGGUGAGGUAGCUGAAGCUUCACUGUGCUGUUGUUUUGUUUUGACUAGUGUAGUCGUGUUGUGGACCGAGGUACAACAUGAAGUCUGUGUUUAUGGUGGCGGAAAAGCCGUCACUGGCACAGUCUUUAGCAGAAAUACUCAGCAAUAAAAAGUGUAGCUCGAGAAAAGGUUUUAAUGGAGCUUGCAGUGUUCAUGAAUGGACUGGGUCCUUCAGCAAUCAGUCCGUUCGUUUUAAAAUGACAUCUGUGUGUGGACAUGUAAUGUCAUUAGACUUCCCAGGGAAGUUUAAUAAUUGGGACAGAGUUGAUCCUGCUGAGUUGUUUAGGUGUCCAACUGAGAAGAAAGAAGCAACAGCCAAACUUCGUAUGCCAGAGUUUUUAAGUAAAGAAUCUCGAGGGUGUGACUACCUUGUAUUGUGGCUCGAUUGUGAUAAAGAGGGAGAAAACAUUUGCUUUGAAGUUAUCACAUGUGUGGAGAAUUCAAUGACCAGGCCAUCUUUUAAGGAACAGACAAUCUUUCGUGCCAAGUUUUCUGCAAUCACAGACCGAGACAUAAAAGCUGCAAUGAAUACCCUGGUAGAACCUAAUGAGAAUGAAUCAAGAUCUGUGGAUGCUAGACAGGAACUAGAUCUUCGAAUUGGAUGUGCUUUCACUCGAUUCCAGACGAAGUUCUUCCAGGGAAAGUAUGGUAACCUUGAUUCAUCUCUCAUCUCCUUUGGACCAUGUCAAACCCCAACUUUAGGAUUCUGUGUGGAGCGGCAUGAUUUCAUUCAGUCAUUCAAACCCGAGACCUACUGGGUACUACAGGUAAAGGUGGCUGUAACUGAAGAAAGGCAGUUAACCUUAGAGUGGGAAAGAGUUCGAAGUUUUGACAAAGAUGUAGCAAACAUGUUCCUUAACAUAGUGAAAGAACAGAAGCGUGCCAAGGUUGUGAAGGUGGAAAUGAAGGAGAAGUCAAAGCCACGCCCUCCUGCCCUGAACACUGUGGAACUGAUGCGAGUGGCUAGUUCAGGUCUUGGAAUGGGGCCCCAUCAUGCCAUGACCCUUGCAGAGAGACUGUACACUCAAGGAUUCAUCUCCUAUCCUCGCACUGAGACAACUCAUUAUCCUGAAAAUUUUGAUCUCAAGGGAGCUUUGAAAAUUCAAGAAGGUCACAGUGACUGGGGUAGUACUGUCAGAGAAAUUUUGAAGGAAGGUAUUCAAAGACCAAAGAAAGGUCAUGAUGCAGGUGACCAUCCACCAAUUACCCCAAUGCGUUGUGCAGACAGAAAUCAGUUGGACCAUGACUCAUGGCGCCUAUAUGAGUAUAUUACCAAGCAUUUUAUUGGUACACUAAUGCCUGACUGCAUUUACCUUAGUACAACAAUCAGUGUUACUAUUGGAUCUGAAAACUUCAGCAUCUCUGGUAAACAGCUGGUAGACCCUGGUUUCACAAAGAUAAUGGAUUGGUUGGCCCUACAAGAUGAAGAGAAACUACCUGACCUCAAAUCUGGAGAUGAAUUGGCUAUCAUUGAGGCAAAACUUGUUGAGCGGCAAACAUCACCUCCAGACUACUUAACCGAGGCAGAGUUGAUUACCCUCAUGGAGAAACAUGGCAUUGGCACCGAUGCUUCAAUUCCUGUUCACAUUAACAAUAUUUCUCAAAGAAAUUAUGUACAAGUGUCAACUGGGCGUAGACUUGUGCCCACCAAUUUGGGCAUUGUAUUAGUGCAUGGCUAUCAAAAGAUUGACCCUGACUUGGUUUUGCCAACAAUGAGAAGUGCAGUAGAAGAGCAGCUGAACCUAAUUGCCCUUGGAAAGGCAGAUUUUGAUUCUGUCCUGACACACACGAUAGAGAUAUUCCAGCUCAAGUUCCAGUACUUUGUCAAGAACAUAGAAGGAAUGGAUGAGCUGUUUGAAGUGACUUUUUCACCUUUGUCUGCCAGUGGACGACCACUAUCAAGAUGUGGAAAAUGUCGGCGCUACAUCAAGUUGGUGGAGACUAAACCUGUACGACUCCACUGUGUGGCGUGUGAUGAAACUUUUGCUGUGCCUCAGAAUGGUGUUAUACGAGAGUUUCAGGAGAACAGGUGUCCCCUAGAUGACUUUCAACUAUUGGUUUGGUCUGGUGGAGCUAAGGGGAAGAGCUUUACCUUCUGCCCUUACUGCUACAACAAUCCCCCUUUCCCGGAUAUGUCCAAAGGAGGUGGAUGUAACCUUUGUUCUCAUCCAACCUGCCAAUAUGGCCGGGACAAUGUAGGUGUAUCGCAGUGUAUGGAGUGUCCUACAGGGAUUCUGGUUAUGGACCCUUCGUCUGGACCUAAGUGGAAAUUGGCAUGUAACAGAUGUGAUGUGAUUAUAAAUCUCUUUGAUAAAGCUAGCAAAGUUCAAGUUCUUGAAGACACCUGUGAAGAUUGUGGUUCUCAGACAGUCACAGUUGAGUACAAGGAAGGCAAAAGCAAGCUUAGAGAUGGUCAGUUGACAGCCAGUGGAUGCAUAUUUUGCAGUACUACAUUGAUUCCCUUGGUAGAGAAACAUAGAGCUUCUCAAGAUGCCGGCCGUGGUCGAGGACGGGGCAGAGGGAGGGGCAGGGCAGGAAGUAGGGGAGGGCGAGGGGGUGGUAGAGGUGGAAGGGGACGUGGUGGUGGGAGAGGACGUAGAUAAUGUUUUCUUACUAGUUUUUUAUAUACAGGUAUAUGUUUAAAUAUAUUAAGAACUCUUUUAUUAAUAAUUGUGUAAGAGAUAGACAUUGUGUGCAUUUCAAAAUUAAAGACUUCCUAGUUAACAAA